AUAUAAAAAGCAAAGCCAAGAACACAUUUAAUUCCAUCCUCAUCAUCGUCUGAUCAGCCAGUCAGCAUUAACACAAACAAACAGUAUAGCUUUUAAGCUUCUUUCUUCCACUUCUCCCCUUCUGCUCUGAAAGAAUUAGACAACCCAUCAAUGGAAUUUCGUGGUCUUUUUCUUCCUUCACUACUUCUGUUUUCUUGUUUGACGGCCACUUGCUAUGGUAUGGUCACCUUCUCUUCCCUUCACCGAACUCUUGUGGUCACUGCUUCACCAACACCAGGACAAGUUCUGAAAGCUGGAGAGGACCAAAUCACUGUAACAUGGUCAUUCAACCAGACCUUCCAAGCUGGGACAGACUCAACCUACAAGACUGUCGAGCUCAAGCUCUGUUAUCCACCCAUCAGCCAAGUUGAUCGAGCUUGGAGAAAAACUGUGGACGACCUUAAAAAGGACAAGACCUGCCAGUUCAAGAUUGUAGCCAAACCUUACAGUUCCUCUGAUAACUCCUGCACUUGGACUGUAGAGAGGGAUAUUCCAAGCGCAACCUAUUUUGUGAGGGCCUACGCUUACAACUCCGACAAUGUCGAGGUCGCCUAUGGCCAAACCACCGAUUCCCAAAAGGCCACCAACUUGUUUGAGGUGCAGGCGAUCACUGGCCGCCAUGUCUCGCUUGACAUUGCCUCUGUCUGCUUCUCUGCGUUCUCCAUCUUGUCCCUGUUUGGGUUCUUCUUCAUGGAGAAGAGAAAGACUCGAGCGUCCCAACAAAAAUGAAGAGUAAUUACCUAGUUAUGUUAUGGAUAUUAUGCUACUUGGAUACAUACAAUUCGAUUGUAUUAGAAGUCCUUAUCUGUAUUACUAAACUUCA